AUGGCAUUCUCCAGCCAAAGCUUCCAGUGGGGUACAAGCACCCACCUCCAGCCCACUGCACCCAGUGUCAGUGGUGUGACCUCCAGGAAAAUGGCUGUCCAAAAGAUUCAGGCACCCAGCGUCUACGGGGGAGCCGGUGGCUACGGCACCCGCAUAUCUACCAGCACCAGCUAUGGCCAAGGCUUCAGUGGGAACUUCCAGCUUAGUAUUACUGGUAACGAUGUGCUGCUCACUGGCAACGAAAAAUCAACCAUGCAAAAUCUAAAUGACCGUUUGGCUUCGUACCUGGAGAGGGUGCGCUCGCUGGAAAAGGCAAACUCCCUGAUUGAAAAGCAGAUCAAGGAGUGGUACGAGAAGAACACCAUAGAUGUCAGGCAUGACUACAGCUCAUACUUUAGAACGAUUGAAGAGCUCCAAAAGAAGAUCAGUGCUGCACAGUUGGAAAAUGCAAGGCUCGUCCUGGAGAUUGACAAUGCCAAACUGGCUGCUGAUGAUUUUAGGCUGAAGUAUGAGAACGAGCUGCUGCUCAGGCAAAGUGUCGAGAGUGACAUUAACGGACUGGUCCGAGUUCGAGAUGGCUUGACUUUGACAAAAUCAGACUUGGAGUCACAGAUUGAAAGUGUGAAUGAAGAACUAGCUUUUCUUAAGAAGAACCACAACGAGGAUGUUGACAGGCUGCGCAAGCAGGUGGGCGGCUCAGUCAGUGUAGAGGUGGAUGCUGCUCCAAGUAUUGAUCUGGCGACUACCAUGGAAAACAUGAGAAAGCAGUAUGAAGAAAUGGCAGAAAAAAACCGUCAGGAAGCCAAAGAACGAUUUGAAAAGCAGACAGUUGAGCUGAACCAGGAGGUAGCGAUCAACGUGGAGCAGCUGCAAACCCAGAGGACAGCGGUCACCAACCAGAGACAGAUCGCCCAGCGUCUGGAGCUGGACUUACAGUCCCAGCUUAACAUGAAAACUUCACUAGAAGACACCCUGGCUGAAACCGAAGCACGUUAUAGUUACCAGCUGACCCAAAUACAGGGAGCAGUUGCCAAUUUAGAGGCUCAACUGGGGCAACUCCGAGCUGACAUGGAGAGUCAGACUAGCGAGUACAGUAUAUUGCUGGACAUCAAGACUCGCUUGGAAAUGGAGAUCGCCACGUACCGCCGCCUGCUGGAAGGGGAGGACAACAGACACUUCGAAGUGGAAGUAUCUACAGCAGAGCUUGAAAAAGAAUCGACUAAAGUUAAGAAGAUCAAGACAAUUGUUGAAGAGGUGGUUGAUGGCAAGAUUGUCUCCUCUCAGACCAAAGAGAUUGAAGAGAAGGUGUAA